UGCCGUCACGUGUCUCGGCGCAGAGGGCUCAUGGGAGUUGUAGGCGCUGGGCCCCCGGGAGGGGGUCGCGCCCUUCCCCCCCCCCCCCCAAACCCCCUCGUUUUUUCCCCGUUUUUCCCGGUUUUCCCCCCUUUUUUCCAGGCUGUGACGGCCCGGGAUGGCCCGCACCAAGCAGACGGCUCGGAAAUCCACCGGCGGGAAGGCGCCGAGGAAGCAGCUGGCCACGAAAGCGGCCCGGAAAAGCGCACCCUCCACGGGGGGGGUCAAGAAGCCGCAUCGCUACAGGCCGGGCACGGUGGCCCUGAGGGAGAUCCGGCGCUACCAGAAAUCCACGGAAUUGCUGAUCCGGAAACUGCCCUUCCAGAGGCUCGUCCGGGAG